AUGUCCUCACAAUUGCAAAAUGGUGGGAGCGCCAGCCUGGUACACUACCAGCACGUACUCACACCAGGCUACGUUGGAAGGUCUCGGAUCACGUCGACAUCGCGAUCGGGAUUCCCGACCACCAAUUACGCGCAAAUCAACGAUUCUCGCGGCCAUGAGACGUGCGAGAUCGUCGGAGUCAAUGAGAGUGGUCCAAUGUACGUCCGUGAACUUAUCUGGGGUGCUUCAGCAGCCUUGGCAGCCCCAUACUUUCUCAGGCUUGUUGAUAAGAGUGUCGAAACUUUGGGAAUGAACUAUUAUAAGAUGGUGUAA